CCGUCGCCAGCCCCCGCCUCCUAUCUCAGGAAGCUUGGGUCUCCCUGGGAGCGGGUCUGCCCUUGGGGGAGGCCUCUCGGCUUUGUGCCCUGCAGCUUGGCUGACACUCGGGGCGGACCGAAGAGGGGCUGGGCGCCCCCCGCGUGCACAUGUGCUAGCCCAGGCAGGAGGAGUGCCUCAGCGGAGGAGUGCAGAAAGGGGGAAGGAGACGCGCGCCAGAAUCUCGGUCCCGGGCGCCCUGGUCGGCCGCGGAGGAGCUGCAGCCUCCAACAGGAAGCUGUGCAUCUCUGGCAUGCGACCUGCUCUGCUCGUUGACUGAAGGUCCCUACAUCUCAGCUCAGCCAAGAAGCAAAGGUUGACACAUCUCUCUGAGCCAGGCCUUGCCAGGAGCCCUGCAUGCAAACUUGGCUGCGGGCUAGGGCACGCUAACUGGAGCUGGCAUCAUGGACUUCGUCAUGAAGCAGGCCCUUGGAGGGGCCACCAAGGAUAUGGGGAAGAUGCUGGGGGGAGAGGAGGAGAAGGACCCAGACGCGCAGAAGAAGGAGGAGGAGAGACAGGAGGCUCUGCGGCAGCAGGAGGAGGAGCGUAAGGCCAAGCAUGCGCGCAUGGAGGCUGAGCGCGAGAAGGUCCGGCAGCAGAUCCGAGACAAGUACGGGCUGAAGAAGAAGGAAGAGAAGGAGGCAGAGGAGAAGGCAGCCCUGGAGCAGCCGUGCGAGGGGAGCCUGACCCGGCCCAAGAAGGCCAUCCCUGCAGGCUGCGGGGACGAGGAGGAGGAAGAGGAGGAGAGCAUCCUGGACACGGUGCUCAAAUACCUCCCGGGGCCACUGCAGGACAUGUUCAAGAAGUAACCGGCCCUCCUGCCCUGUUCCCACUCCACUUGUUCCUUUUAUUUUAUUUUAUUUUUUUUUUUUGGUUCUUUUCCUUUUAUUCAGUUAAGUCUCAGUUCUGAAGGGGAAAACCUCAGUUGACCUCUACCCCCCUUUCCCUGGCCAGGGACUCCUCCCUCUCAGCACUCCCUCACACCCCCUUCUUCCCAGGGUAUCCAGCCCCCACCUCACUUCAAGUUGCUUGAAAAAGGGAAGGCAGCUUCCCCCCAGAAGGGGGCAUUGAACCCAGUGCCAGAGGCACUGAGGGCCCCCUCCAGAAGCCUAAGUUCUAUGCUAGUGUGGUAACCCCCAUACAUUCCUUCAUGCACCCCACUGCCAGGAGGACCAUUGUCCCCAGCCAGCCAAAGUAAUGACACAUUCCAGCCCUGCCCAGCAUGUCGACCUUUGGCCCCUGACCCACAGUGGGCCUCCAGGUCAGGGCAGGGGCAUUGAGUGGCCUGGCUCUGAGGAAGGGAGUCAGGGUAAGCCUGCCCUGUGAGGGCCCCGCCUGAGAGGCCCCCGCUGUAUUCUGGUCAGGCCUAAGUCUGGGCAGGAGGCUGGGGCUCUCCUUCCCUCGCCCUGAGAUGGCAGCCAGCCCAGGAGCACUCCUCUCCCAACCCCCACCUGAAGAGGCAUAGGCCCUGCCAAGCCAGUCCCUCCGAAUGGAUCCACUUUGGACUUUAAUCUGUGGAGAGGCCCCAGGGUAGAGCAGCCCCUUAUUUCCCCCUCCUCCACUUGGGUCCUGGGGCCCCACUGCCAGGCUGGGCCCAGUUUGCCCAGCCAAGGGGCUCCCCAGGCCUCCCCAGAAAACACUUGGAGCCAUUGGGCAGUGAUGGCCUGUGCAUGGGACCACCAUUGGUACAGCCAAGCUGCCCCCAUUCUAUCCACCCCUCUUUCCUACCCCAUCAUGUCCAUGUGCUUCCAGGACCCCAUGGUCCCCAGGAGGACCCUUCCUGGCCAAAGCCCCAAGGCUUUGGGAAGAAGCCAGUUCCCACUUGACAGAAGGCAUCCGUCCAUUCAUCUCAUUGGCCAAGAACAAACUCUCCUCUGGGAUGUGUGAAAAUGACAUUUGCUCCCCCCCCAACCCCAAACUGUCAAGGCCUCCUGCUCAGUCAGUUGUGUAGAACUGGGGGGCCAUGGAGCAAAUGAGAGAGGAAAGUGUGUGUCUAUGCACGCAAGAGUGUGUGUGGCAAGGACUGCAGCAGCAAUUGUGUGUCCAAAGACUGUACCUAUAGGUGUGUCGUUAGAGUGUAAGUAUGUCUUGAGAUUGUGUGUGUAUGUUAAUCACACCCCUGUGUUAGAUAGAGAUCAGGUAUGGUAGGCAGCCUUGUGUAUGUGUGCUUGUUUGAGGGGGUGCGUAUGAAUUGAGAUUGUGUCAUAUCUGUUUUCUAGCCAUCUUGUACGUGUGGUGGAGUUUGCACAUGCAGCUUGUGUUUUCAAAAUGGCAUGUGUGUCUGGAGAGAAGGCUGUGUUAGAUGUGGUGGAAGUGUGUGUGUGAGGGACUGUCAGAGGUGCUGAGACUGUUGUGCGCAUGUGCAUGGCUCUGAAUAGGCAGCUGUGUGCAGGAUGUGUGCUUGGGGAGAACAAACAUGGGUGAGAUGCCCCCGUCGGCCCCAAAACCAUUGGUCCCGGGUGACCACAUCCAACAGGAGACCUUGUCCUUGGCCUAGAGUCCUCCCGCCCUUGGGGGGUUCCUGCCUGAGGUCCUCAGAAGCCCACUGUGACUGACCCUGGCAGUGCCCCGAGAAGCCAUGUUGGGCCCCCACCAGGGCCUACCCCAAAAGCAGGGCCCAGGGAGAGGCGACUUGCCUGCCCCCGAAGCUCCUGCCCCAUUGACCCCAGUUUGCAUUCUGCAGGUUUUCCAUUUUAGUGGAUUUAUGCUUUUAUUUCAGAGAGAGACAUGUGUCUUCUCUGCCCGUUUCCAAUAGUUAAAGCCAUAUCAGUUAGACUGCAAUACUUUAAAGACGAGACAAAACAAUCCAUAUGUUUAGGGAACCAGAAAAAUCCCCUGGUCUGUCCCUUCUCUAGGGAGCAGGGCUUCAGCAGCUCCAGCUCCCUGGAUUUGCCCUUCUCCCCCGCCCCCGCCCCCUCCCCUAUGCCCCUGUGUCCUGCCCCCCACCCAGGGGGCCUGUGUCUGUGAUGGGGAGCCACCUCGCACCCCUAUUGUCUGCUUGUCUGUGUCUCUUUUCCUGGGCAGGAUGGUCAUUCUCUAAAGCCCUGGGGUCCUGGGAUAGAGACAGGCAGGGCCCAGUCCAGGGGCCCCAGGCCUCCCCAGACCCUGUGUGUGAGCCCCACCCAGACACAGAUGUGGAUCCCAAGUGUUCAAAAAGGUCUCCCCCUUGACAGGGGCCCACAGAUCUCAAAGGUAGUGCCAGGGACAGAGAGUGCCAGAUGGGCAGGAGAGACCAAGGCUCAGGAAGCUUCAGAUGAGCAGAGGAACCCAGCCAUGCAAGAUAUCCCGGGGCCCUCAGAGGAUGUCCCUGGUGGUCUCCACAGCCCCUCUGCACCCCCAGAGCAGGCUCAGGGUUUUCCCCAUAUGAGAGUACCCUCCAGGCUGGCUGGAUUAGUCUGGUGCAUGGCCUAGACUCCUCCAGACUCUUCAGGCCUACUCCUGAGAAGCAGGACUACAGGUAUUCCUGGAGGUGGGAGCAAGGGAGAAUUUCAGCAUGGGGCAUACCUGCCUCCCACUGCUGCCAGGUGAUCACUGUCAGGUCCAGGGGGACAUGAUGACUGUCAUUCCUGAUACAGACCUGACUGUGGAAAGCAGCUAACCUGUGACCCAGGGAAGAUGCUGUGUGCAACACACUCAUGUGGAGGGAGAGGGGCAACAAAAUAUGUGUGCAGUGUGCUCUAGCAGGGAAGGGAUGUUCACAUGAGGUACCUGGGGUGGGAGGUGUGUGUGGCCCACUGGAUGGGAGGGGGAUGGGUGUGCCACACAUAAAUGGGGCAGUGUGCGUGUGAUACACUUAGGAGGCUGGGACGGGGAAGGAGCAGUCCCAGAAUUCAGCACACACUUACAACGUAUCAGGGAGACACUCUCCAGCUAGGGAAAUAAGAAGGAGCAAUCAUUUGUACAUAGUGAGAACAAUGAGAUGCAAGGGAGUGGGCACCACCUGAUGUGGGCAUGCGUGGUUGCCAGGGAAGGCCACGGCCAGACUUGCAUGCCUGGGAGCUCACCAGCAGAGAAGAGGGAGAAGGCUUCUCUGGAUCACCCAUGCUGGGUGCUGGCAGUGAGCCAGGACUUGCACACAUGGACAGCCUCAGCUCCUGGAAGGUGUCCUUACUGGCAAAACUGUGUGGGGUCUCCUCCAAAGGCAAGCAGGAAGUCAAGAGACCCUCUUAAGUAGGGGUUUGUGUGUAUGUGAGAGAGAGAGAGACAGAGAGGGAGAGAGAUUGGGAGGGAAGUAGCAGGGAGAGAGAGAACAGAUGUAUUUUAGCAGCCCAGGCUCCUCUCAGGUGGGACAGCUGGUGGGCAAAGAAGCUGCCCUAUAGGAUCUGGCUAGAGUAGAAUGGGCAGAACCCCAGCCAUGAGAGCCCCCAGCACCUGGCUGGCAGAGCUGCUCCAUCCUAGGGUCCUGCAGGCCCUUGACUGGACAGGCAGCUAGGGAUCAGAUGGCUCAGGUGACAUAUGUCUCCCAGGCCUGAGGACAUGCCUCCCCCCACAUAUCCCCUAUUCCCCUCCCUGCUCCUGCUGCCCCCCUUCUUCCCUGGGGAGAGAUUGGGAGGUGCUUGUGCUGGCCCUGGGGUGGGGGUCCUAAUGAGACCCAGGUGAGGACGACCAUCCUGCUCUCGCGGGGGAAUCCCUUUCCCACAACUGUGCUGUGUCCUUGUUGCUCUGCUUUCUUUAAAUGUGUCAGUGCCUGGGGGGAGGAGAGGGGCACCCCCUCAUGCCCCCUGAACCUGACCAAAAGCCAUGGCUGUCGCUCCCCCCUUUGUAUGACGCAGAUGCUAAGAUGUAUCAAACCAACCAUGACAACAAAGAAAAGACCUUGUACAGCCAA